AGGUUUUGCUGCGGUGUUGACCUGUAUUGACCCCUAUCUGCGCGGUGCAUGUCGGGAGUUGUGACCUUGUUCAGUUCUCUGCUCCAAGAUGGCCUCAAGGUUGCUUUGUCGUCAGAUUUUCUCUUCUGUCCGCCGCGCGGUGGUCCCUCCAGCCGCAACUGGCGUCAGAAACAUGGCAGUCGGAGGAGUCCCGACCGAUGAAGAACAGGCCACGGGUCUAGAGAAGAGAGAGUUGGACGCAAAGAAAGCUGGCAUUGCGGACCCUUUUAGUAUGGAAAUCAACACAACCCCUCCCGGCACAAGAGACAGUCCAUGUAUGGUGCCGUCCAUUUACGAGCGCCGCCUUGUCGGCUGUGUCUGUGAAGAGGACGCCACAUACAUCCAGUGGAUGUGGCUAGAGAAGGGGGAGGCCCAGCGCUGUGAGUGCGGACACUGGUUUCAGCUGCAGGGAGUCACCCCUCCAGGCGCUGCAGAAGCUCACCACUGACCCCUGACCCCACGUGCACCAAUAGCGUGUCUGCAUCACUGGCAACCAUGACAACGACCCUUUCAGCUAGAACACUACAGGACACUGCAGUCUGCACAUAAGAUGAUAGUCUGAGCGUUAUCAAGUCUGUUAGUGUUACAGUUAUAAACCAUAGUGUAUGGCACCUCAGUAAAAUAUCCAUGAUUAAUCCUAUACAUCCUAAGAUUUAUGGUACUUAGAAUUAACAAUUUGGUUCCAAAGGUUUGCUCAAAUUCCUCUCUGGCUUUAAUGGCUGCAACUAAAAUGUACAAUACUCAGGAAAAUUGAGCCUUGUGUAACCCUAUUUGACCGAGCGCCUAAAAGCCAUACAACUCUGGGGAAUCAAAAGUAUAUCUGGCCUUAAAUGACUGUUCAACAAUAAUGUAUCUGACUUUAAAUGACUUUUCAACAACAUAUCUGUCAUGUAACAUGGUGCCUGGUGAUCCAGUCUGUAUAGAACAAUGUUUCUGGGUAAGAAAAAGGUUGUUUUUCUGUUGUGCCUGGAAAGGCCUCUGCUACUGUCAUCUGGAGCACAAAACUUGUUUCUGACAAAUGUGACACUUUGCCACACUAGACAUGAUGUUCCGGUCAGAGACUUUCCUAUUUGUAAGUCAUAUUGAUGGUUGUUUGAUGCCACAAAGAUAUACUGAUUGUGUACUGAUUAUUGCAUACAAAGCAGAAAUAUGCAGGUAUGGGUUCUGCUGUGAAAAGGGUGGUUGUUAUGAAAACAAACUUGUGUUUGUAAAUUGAAAAAGAAAAAACGUACCUCUAUCUCUUACCCCAUAUCCCAGUGUGGAAGAUCUAUAUGUUGUGCAGAGUGUAGAAGUUUUAUCUGACUGUUCCAGAGUUACAGUUGUGAUCCACAGGCACAGUCCUUAAUAAAUCUUCAGAAAUCGA